AUGCCAAGUUGCUCUCUGUGUUCAGGUCGAUUUACCGAUGUAGCUGAUAGAGUAACAUCAAACAAUGGCUUGUCCUUCCACCGAGACUGUCUCGAACAGCUUGCUGGCGGUAAAUCCCAAGCUAAGAAUCAGCAACAAAAUGGUUCCAACAUCAGCGAUCGAGGUGCCACUUCCAGUGCGCAUUCUUUGGAUUCGUCCAACCCUUUCUCUCCGGAAGCUACGGCUGCGUCGAAGUACAUGAAACCCAUCGGACAUGUAGCAAAAUUUUCUAAACUUAGCAGUAAAUACAAGUCACAUGACUCUUUGGAUUCAGAAUUAUUGUUAAGUCAAGUUACACUCGUCGCAGAUCCAUCGCAAUUAUUGAAACAACGCGAAGAAUUUCUUAUAUACGAAGACAAUUUCAAGAGUACUAUUGCUCAAUCUAUCAAAAAUAGACUAUCCUACGCUGAUUUAUAUCGUGUCUGUUCUAAGUAUGACAAGAAAGGCAUGGCCCAACAUGACACGAAAAGCGAUGAAACGAUGCAGUACUUCCUAGAUAAACAUUUAUCCGGUGAUGAUGCUAAGGCAUGUGCUUUUGCAAUCUGCUUUUACACGGGUUCCAACAGUGGAACGAUCAAUCGUAGUUCAUCCACAAUGGCUCGACGGGGAAACGGCGAGGCCACAAGUAUAUUGGAAGAUACGGAAGCCGAUCACGCUAGCAUUAUUAUGUACUAUCUUAUUUUGGGCUUAUCACACAUCAAUUUCUACUGGGGCACUACUACGCGUGCAGUCAAUAUGCACGAGGCGGAUCUUAACGAGUAUUUCGAAGGUGCUAUUAUCACCUGGAUCCAGUUUAGCAGUUCGAUGAAAGGUGACCGGCCAGCGAAACAUUUUGCUAAGCGUAACACUAUUUUCACUAUGUAUUCGCUUACCGGUCGAGGCAUCCAAGAAUUUUCUAACUUUCCUGAUGAAGAGGAGAUUCUUUUCAUGCCUCAUUCAUCUUUUUUGGUCACUAAGGUACAGAGAGAUUCUUAUCAAAACCGCAUUUUCAUGCGUCAAGUUGAAUUAGGAUUGUGCCAACACUCGGUCUUAUGGGUAGACGACCAUAUCUUUGACGAGGAUUGGGGAAACAAAGAGCAUAUGGAAAAGGCUGGUACACUUGGAGGUGAAGUCAGUGUUCACUUUAUUCCGAAAUCCAAUACUGAAGCGGCACUUGCUUUCUUGAACUCUCCAUUUGGGCAACGGUUAAAAGGGAAAUCGAACUUUCGCAUUGUGACAGACAUGCAUCGCGACAAUGAAGAUCCACCAGAAAGUGCCGGUGCAAAACUUCUUCUUGAAGUUCGCAAGUUGGGAUUCAACUGUCCGUGUCUUGUUUACACGAGUAGGAAAGAAGAAUCAGUGCAGGAAAUAACAAAUUAUUUGAAUCCAAGACAAUUACAAAAUGUAGACGUGACCACUUCAAGCAAAAAACUGGAAAAAUUCGUCAGUUUCUAA